AUGCCUAAUAAUUCCAGACUGAAUGGUAUAUUAACAAACCUUCCCUUCAAAGUUGAUAACGGCAAGCUGUCCAUCUACAAGAAGGGUGAUACUGCUAUCGUCCAGACAAACUUUGGUUUACGUGUGUCUUUCAACUGGGACCAUCGUGUUGCUGUCACAGUUCCUGGUGGCUAUGCUGGAGCCGUGUGUGGUCUUUGCGGCAACUUUGAUGGUGACCAGAGCAAUGACUUCCUAAUGAAAAACAACCAGAUAACCACCAAGCCAUCUGACUUUGGCAAUAGCUGGAAGGUGCAAACUGUGCCUGGUUGCUAUGAAGAUGACAAAGCAGAGUGCCCCAAUUUAGCAGAACUGGAACUCCAUCAUAUUAACAACAAGCAGGGAUGUGGAAUUAUUACAGACAAGAAUGGACCGCUUCGUGAGUGCCACGCCAAGAUAGAUCCACAUGAAAACUUCAAGAGCUGUGUGUAUGAUGCUUGCUUCUAUGAAGGCAGGGAAGAUGUUCUCUGCAAAAUAAUAGCAAGCUAUGCAGUCUUGUGCCAAGAGGCUGGAGUCACCAUAUACCCAUGGAGAACCAACAACUUCUGCAGUCCAGAUUGUCCAAAGAACAGUCACUAUGAAAAUUGUGCAUCUGGCUGUGCUCCAACAUGUCUAUCACCCUCACCUCCAGUAGGAUGCAACCCUACAUGUUCUGAGGGAUGUGAAUGUAAUGAUGGUUUUAUCCUAAGUGGGGGAGACUGUGUCCCCAUUUCCCAGUGUGGCUGCAGAUACAACGAUAAAUAUUAUCAGCCUGGGGAAAUAUUUUUCCCCAAUGAAUUGUGCAACCAGCAGUGCGUAUGCACAUCUAGUGGAGUGGUGCAGUGUAAGGCUUUCGCAUGUGGACCCAAUGAAGAAUGUAAAGUUGUCAAUGGAGUCCAAAAAUGUCAACCAGUGGGUUCCGCUCAGUGUUCUGCAGCUGGUGAUCCUCACUACGUGUCAUUUGAUGGACUGGCCUUCAAUUUCCAAGGUACCUGCACCUAUACCCUCACCAAGCUUAUCACAAACAGAGAAAACUUGGUACCUUUUGCCAUCAAUGUGGAAAACAAAAAAUUGGGCGAUGAAAAGGUUUCUGUCACUAAACUGGUGUCUUUUGAAGUCUAUGGAUAUAACCUAACUCUUCAGUAUAAUGUCCAAGGACGGAUUAAGAUUAAUGGAGUGUACAGUUACCUCCCAGUGACCUUAGAAGAUGGCAAGAUACGAGCUUACCAGCACGGCAUCAGGGUGAUCAUUGACACCGACUUUGGUGUUCAGGUGAACUAUGACCUGGUCCACCACGUGAUGGUCACCGUUCCCGGAAACUACAAGGAACAGUUGUCUGGUCUGUGUGGCAAUUACAAUGGCAACAAAAAUGAUGACUUCCAGCUCCCUGACAAGAGUCUGACUACAGAUGCCAUCAUAUAUGGAGCCUCCUGGAAGGUUCCAAUCUUUGGUGUAACUUGUGACAAAGGGUGUGGUGGCAGUGGUAAUGCUUGUCCAUCCUGUGAUGACCGAAAAGUAGAAAUCUUCAAGACUGAAAUCUACUGUGGAUUCCUAAAGAAGACUGGAGGUCCCCUGAGCACGUGCUAUGCCACUAUUAACCCUGAUACAUACUUCAACAACUGUGUCCAUGACCUGUGUGCUGUGGCUGGGGAUGGAGGCAUCCUCUGCAAUAGCAUUCAUAGCUAUGUUGCUGCAUGCCAAGCAGCCGGUGUCACCAUAAAUCCAUGGAGAACUGACGCAUUCUGCCGUAAGUCAUUGCAGCUUUAUGAUUACAGCCUUACGAUAUACUGUACAACAAUCUACAUUUCAUGUUAUACAUGUGAUUCAUAA